ACAGUGGCAUCAGCCAAAGAGCUGCCAAUCACUGUGAAGACCAAGGACCCGGGUAUCCUCCAUACCAGACAGGCGGAGGCCACCAUGAAGGCUCUCCCCUACAGGACUUCCACCGGGAACUUCCUCCAUGUUGGGGUUGACUCUAAUGAGCUGAAAAUAGGAGACCCCAUUAAGAUCAAACUGAACCUGGGACCCCUCGCCCUACAAAACCAUGACCUUACAUACAUGUUCCUGAGUAGAGGUCAGCUGGUGAAAGUGGGCAGAUUCAGAAGACAGGGCAAUGCGCUGGUGACACUGUCAGUGCCCGUCUCCAAGGAAAUGCUUCCGUCGUUCCGCAUCAUAGCGUACUACCAUGUGGGAACAGAUGACCUGGUGGCAGACUCUGUCUGGGUUGACGUCAAGGUCUCCUGCAUGGGCUCGCUGAAAGUGACGUCGACCAGGCCCAAGGCAUCCUAUGAGCCUCGUAAGGCUUUCAGUCUGACCAUCACUGGAGACCCGGGAGCUAAAGUAGGACUGGUGGCUGUAGACAAGGGAGUCUACGUUCUCAACAACAAACACCGUCUCACACAGACCAAGAUCUGGGACACCAUAGAGAAGCAUGAUACAGGCUGUACAGCUGGAGGGGGAGCAGAUAAUAUGGGGGUGUUCUACGAUGCUGGUCUGGUAUUUGAGACCAACACCGCUAAAGGGACUGUGAUCAGAACAGACCCCAGCUGUCCUGUUAGUUCCAGGCGGAGACGAGCAGUGACCAUCAGUGACGUCAUCACUACUAUGGCCAGUAAGUACAAUGGUCUGGCCAAGGAGUGUUGUGUGGACAGGUUGAGGGACAACACAAUGGGGUACACCUGUGACAGACGGGCCCAGUACAUCAUAGAUGGGGAUGUCUGCAUCCAAGCCUUCCUCGUCUGCUGCAAUGAGAUGGCCACAAAAAAKGAUGAAUUCAAACAGGAUGCACUGCUGCUCUCACGCAGUGAAGAGGAGGAUGAUGAUGCUUUCAUGCGGUCUGAAGACAUUGUGUCUCGUAGUCAGUUCCCUGAGAGCUGGAUGUGGGAAGACACCAAUCUUCCUGAAUGCCCCGCCCAAGAUAAGCACUGCGAGACCACGUCUGUAACAAAGAACAACUUCCUGAAAGAUUCCAUCACAACCUGGCAGAUAACAGCCAUCAGCCUGUCUAAAACUCAUAGUAUCUGUGUGGCAGAUCCGUUUGAGAUGAUAGUUCUAAAGGAGUUCUUCAUUGACCUAAAGCUGCCCUACUCAGCUGUCCGCAACGAACAGCUGGAGGUCAAAGCAAUCCUUCACAACUACAGCGAAGACCCCAUCACUGUGCGUGUUGAGCUGAUGGAGAAUGGCGAGGUGUGCAGCUCGGCAAGCAAGAAGGGUAAGUACAAGCAGGAAGUGAACAUGGACCCCAUGUCCACCCGGGUUGUCCCCUAUGUCAUCAUCCCUAUGAAGCUGGGCCUGCACUCCAUUGAGGUCAAGGCAUCUGUGAAAAACUCUGGCAGCAAUGACGGUGUGAAGAGGGACCUGCGCGUUGUGGCUGAGGGAGUGCUGGUCAAGAAGGAAAACAACGUACUCCUGAACCCGGUUAAACAUGGUGGUGAGCAGACGGCACACAUACGUAGUGGAGUGCCCCGGAACCAAGUGCCAAACUCUGAUGCUGACACACUGAUCAGUGUGACAGGUGGAGAGCAGACCAGUGUGCUGGUGGAGCAGGCCAUCAGUGGAGACUCUCUGGGCAAUCUGAUAGUUCAGCCAGUCGGGUGUGGGGAACAGAACAUGAUCUACAUGACCCUGCCUGUCAUUGCUACACACUACCUGGACAACACCAAAAAGUGGGAGGAUAUUGGCCUGGACAGACGGAACACAGCCAUCAAGUACAUCAACAUUGGUUACCAACGUGAGCUGGCCUACCGUAAAGAAGAUGGCUCCUACGCUGCCUGGAUCCACACAAAGAGCAGCACCUGGCUGACAGCGUACGUAGUAAAGGUGUUUGCCAUGUCCAGUACAUUGAUCAGUGUUCAGGAAAAUGUGCUAUGUAGUGCUGUCAAGUGGCUGAUCCUGAACACACAACAGCCAGACGGCAUCUUCAAUGAGUUUGCUCCUGUCUAUCACUCAGAGAUGACGGGUAACGUGAGGGGGUCAGACAGUGACGCGUCUAUGACAGCCUUUGUUCUCAUCGCCAUGCAGGAAGCAAGCUCACUGUGUGAGAAGUCUGCCAACAGCCUACCAGGCAGUAUGGAUAAGGCAGUAGUGUACCUCGAGAAGCGUCUUCCCCACCUCACGAACCCCUAUGCUGUAGCUAUGACUUCCUAUGCUCUGGCCAAUGCAGGGAAACUCAAAAAGGAGACCCUACUGAAGUUCGCCUCUCCACAGCUGGACCACUGGCCAGUCCCAGGUGGUCACCAGUACACGCUGGAGGCCACGUCGUAUGCCCUGCUUGCCCUGGUCAAGGUGAAGGCCUUCGAAGAGGCCGGCCCAAUAGUCAGGUGGCUUAACAAGCAGAAGAAAGUGGGAGGGGGAUACGGAUCCACACAGUCCACCAUCAUGGUGUUCCAGGCUGUGGCUGAGUGUUGGAGCAACGUGAAGGACCUGAAAGACAUUGACUUGAACAUCAAUCUAGAGGUGGCCGGCAGGGCAUCAGUCACCAAGUGGUCCAUCAACAACAAGAACCAGUUCCACACUCGUACAGACAAGGUCAACUCCAUAGACAAGGACUUGACAGUAAAAGCCUCAGGAAAUAGUGAGGCGACCUUGUCGGUGGUGACACUGUACUAUGCCCCUCCAGCGGAGAAGGACAGUGACUGUGAAAGCUUUGACCUCUCUGUCACCCUCACUAAGAUGGACAAAACAAGCCACGAGGACGCCAAGGAGUCGUUUAUGCUCACUGUUGAGGUGUUGUAUCGUAACUCAGAGAGAGAUGCGACCAUGUCUAUCCUGGACAUCGGCUUGCUGACCGGCUUCAUCGUAGACACAGAUGAUCUGAAAAAGUUGUCCAAGGGGAGGGAGCGCUACAUAGAGAAGUUUGAGAUGGACAAAGUUCUAUCUGAAAGAGGAUCUCUCAUCCUCUAUCUGGACAAGGUGUCCCAUAAAUUAGCAGACAGAAUAUCCUUUAAGAUUCACAGAGUACAGGAAGUAGGAGUUCUACAGCCUGCUGCCAUCUCUGUAUACAAAUACUACAACCAGAAGCACUGUGUGAAGUUCUACCACCCACAGAGGGAGGGGGGUACUCUGAGCAGACUGUGUCUUGGAGACGUGUGCACGUGUGCGGAAGAGAGCUGCAGUAUGCAGAAGAAAGACGAGCCAGAUGUCAACCGCAUAGACAAAGCCUGCGGCGCGAGACUGGAUUACAUUUACAAAGCUACGGUGGUGGACUCGAAGCUGACGACACACACAGACACUUACACCAUGAAGAUCGAUGAAGUCGUCAAGCCAGGUACUGAUGAGGUAAUAGUGGGAAGGAAUCGUGACUUCAUGGGACUAUCUUACUGUAGAGAGGCUCUGGGUCUAAAGCAGGGGAAAACAUACAUGAUUAUGGGGAAGUCUGAAGACCUGCACAAAGUGGAGGAGAAAGGACUGUUGCAGUACAAGUAUGUCCUAGGAGAACAGACAUGGAUAGAGUACUGGCCCUCACAACAAGAGUGCACAUCCAGAGACUACAGAAAAGUCUGUCUGGGCAUCGAUGAGUUCAUUAACCAGAUCACAACUUUCGGCUGCCCUGUUUAGUUUCUCUUGUUUUGU